CUAGCGGCCUUGUCCGCGGGCAUGCAACGAGAAAGUUCAGCAGGACGUCACGUGCAAGGUCGCCUGUCGACGUCGAAUUCAUGGCAGAUUUGCAGAGGAGAUUGCCUCUGCUGCUGCUCGUGGUGGUCGUCUUCCUCUUUGUCGUCUUCCUCCACGUGUGCUUGUCGUGCCGGCCGUGGAAGCAACAUCGAAAGCGCAGGGCGUCGACGAAACGCGUUGUGCUUCAAGGGGAACGUCCCAUGGCGGGCAUGAAGGCAUGCGCUAUUCUGCCUGCAGCUGAGGGCGGAAGAAGACCUGCGACGACGGAGCCUUCACGGCGGUAUGACCCGUCCAUGUACAGCCAUCUGCCGUCGUGGGAGACGCCGCUGCCUCCCUCGGACGAGGAGUCGGAGGGGGAUGAACUUCCAACGUUUCCUCUCGCCAGUGGGUCGACGCAGCUGUUGUCGCAGACGGUGCUCGUAGGCGGGUCGGCGAGCAAUGAACAAGGCGAGUACACGUCACUCCUGCAGCAAGGGUUGGGAGACGACGACGACGGGGGAGUUGAUCUCCGGUUCGGCUUGAGUUCUGGCGGUGCUAGGGAGGCGAGCCGCACGGUCAUCACCGCCGCCCAUGCUUCCGCAGGUGGCCUGCAGCAGCCUCGAAGGGAGCAGACGGGACCUUCCACAGUACGUGGCGGCGCGUCCGUCAUUGGCGGUGUCGGGUCUUCGCCAACAGCCCGGCAGCAUGUAUCGAGUGCGCCGUCUGGGGAACGAUUGACGGAUAACUGGGACGUGCGCACUGCUGCCGCAGCAGCAUCCCUGCGCACCAGCGGUGCACGCUCGUCAAUGCUGAACCGAACAACCCCCGCGCCACCCGAAGGGAGGGACGAGGGCGCCUGCAGACCACCGGCCGGUUCAGGAGCCAGUGUGGAGAACAUCACUCGAGGCGUGUCAAACAUCCAGGCACACAGCGAUGGCGGCGACGACGAUGGCUGUGGCGGUGACGAUGCCGACGACGGAUUCAGGGAGGAAGUCGAAGCGGGGGACGACGACGACGACAAUGCUAUUCAGCCUAUGGGGAAGACGGGUGGUAGGGGUAUUGGACGCARCAACCGUGGUGGCCGUGGUCGAUCCGUUGGCCGUGGCGGCAGAGGUGGCGUCACCGACGACGGAGGGAAGUCUGCGACGUACUGGUCGACGGACGAGCAGAUGCUCCUCGUCAAAUGCAAGCGGGAGCAGGAGAUGCACCUCGCUGGGCUGGGCCACAAUUACGACCGGAUGCGGACGAAGGAGUGGAAGUGGGUCGACAUUGCGAAGCGCAUGGCGAACGGUGGGAGCCCUAAAGACGCAGACGACUGCAUGAAGAAAUGGGACAAUUUGUUCCAAAACUACAAGAAGAUACAGAGGUUUCAGAACGCGAGCGGGCGGCCAGAUUUCUUCAAGUUGUCCAACGACGAAAGGAAGGAGCACAACUUCAAGUUCCCGAUGGAGAGGGUGUUGUACAACGAGAUCCACUCCGGCAUGUUGGGGAACCAUACUAUUUUCCCUCCCAACAUCGCCGACACCGGCAGUCCGGACGGGGUGCAACUGCCCAGGAGAGGAGCGGGUGGUGGGGAGUCUGUUGAUAGUGAGGGCGGUGGUGACGGCUGCCCUGAAGAAAGAUCUUCUGCAAGGGACUCCGACGUGAACGCUUGCAGUGUUGCCGGAGGCGGGAAGUGUAAGAAUGCUCGCCAACAGGCGCUGGAGUCCAUCGCUGAUGUCAUGGACCGCCAUGGCGAGCUGAUGUCGUCAACGAUUGAAUCGUCCAGCAAACGGCAAUGCAGCAUUUCAUCGAGGCAGUGCGACAUACAAGAACGGCAGUGCGACAUACUCGCGCAGGAAGUAGCGGUCCAAAAAGCGCACUAUGCGGCGUCCGACGAGACGCAGAGGAUGAUGUGUCACGCACUUCUGGAGAUCGCUGCUGCCAUCCGUGGUCGUUUGACGAUAUCCGUGGCCAGCAUGUCGACACGAGGGAGUGCCUGUGGCACGAAGCGCGAUGCCGCAGCCGCCGUCGGGCUUGUGCAGGCGAAAGGUCGGCGCCAUAUCCCGAAAUCGAAGAAGGUGCGCUCCGGUGGAGCAUCAGGAAACGUGCCUGCUCGUGGUUCUGAAGGUUGGGCGACCGCAGCGGAAAUGGAGUCUCACGACGACUUCGGGAUGGAGGAACCGAAGGCGGAGGCGACGGCAUCGGCGGUGGGACAAAGCGCUCGCCAGCGAGCUUCUGAUCACACGCAAUCUUGCACAAGAUUCCACAGCCCCGUUGAUGACUACACGCUCCCGGAAAAGGAAGUCGCGCCAGAGCGACGCACAAUCGAGGGCGAGGCGGCAGGUGCUGCGGGCGGGACCGCCACAGUGAACUCGGCCCCCGUGGCGAUGGCGAGAGAGGAGGCAGCAGUUGCGGCAACGGCGAGAGAGGACGAGCGUGGCGAGAAGACAACCCAUCGGGAGGGCAACGAUGUUGGUCCGAGCCGGGUGCGCAAGGAAACCAUGAGCAGAGAGCUCAUCGAUCGUGCCCUGCUCUGGGUGGAUGACAAAGCGUUCAAGACGACGGGGGAGGGGCGGAGAUUGUACAACAUCAUCCACGAGACGCGGAAAUACUUGGUCGCCAUCGCCAGCGGCCUUCCAGCGACUGUCGUCUCUCGCAGCGUCAUCCUGCCGAAGUCGAGCAUGAGGGUAGCCAGGAUCUCCGACCCAUCGCAGCUGCAGCAAGCGAUCUCCCGUGCGGCGAAAGUGGAGAACGUGGCUUUGCGCGUUCUGCGCGGUUGGGUUUUCAAGUCCGGCAACCGCGCAAGGGGGUACAACCUGGCUUACCAGUACGCACUAGAGUCCGUAGCGACGGACAUCGUGCGUGCUAUGUGGUACGCCGAGGACUCGUCCAACGUCGUCAGCGCGCCCAUCUGCGGCCACACGAUAGAUCUUAACAUGGACUUGUCACUGUGGUUCGCCGGCGCCCAUAUCGACGACAGACCCGACGACGACGACAUGGCGGCGUACCAGGAGUCGAUCGUCAUCUGCAUCGCCCAAGCAUUCCGCGCGGCGGUGCAAAUGGGAGCGCACAUUGACGGCGAUUUCAUCUCCUACGACCGUCUUUGUCGGGUGGCUGACUGCUUCAGACUUCUGUUGGCGGUGGCAAUGUGGAUAAUACGCAUGGCGGGAGACGACUUCCGCAGCCACUACGAGGCGUUCUACUCCGUCAACUUGCUGGCCAGGCCUACACUGGUCGCGUCCAUGCAUCGCUCCUUCGACCAUAGACGAUCCGUCGUCCGCGCCGCGAAAGCCGUCACCGAGAGGCUUGGGAAGGCGAACCCCACGUUUGGCGAGCACCCCGAGUACAUCCCUCAAUGGGCACCCUGCGGCAUUACUUUCGGCCACGACGCCAGCGUAACAGGUCCGGAGGAUUGCAAGAGGCUUGAUUGGUUGGGUCCGGGCCCCCCCGAUGACGACGGCGACGACGACAAGAAAGAAGGCGCGUAGGGGGUGGGGCGGCGGUUGUUAUAGUCCUCGAACAUGUCCACGUGGCACAUCGACGUG